AUGUCUUGGCUCCACUUUCGGAGACUGCUGCAGUCAAUAUGGUUACUGCGGGUCCAACCGCAACUACUGUGGCAAAGGUUGCAAUCCAUUAUACGGCAAAUGUUCUGCUUCGGAGCAAUUUUCAACCUCGUCUGCGCCUCCAAAGGCUACUCCUCCCUCCACUCUUUCUGUUCCAUCAGCUUCGCCUUCUUCAGUUAUGUCAAUGUCGAACAACGGUCGGUGCGGCAGUCUUUACAAUGCUUCACCGAAGGGCAUGACUUGUAG